AUGCGAAGGGCUUAUUUAAAGGGGCUCUAAGCCGUGCUGAUUCAUCACGAUCGGGGUCAUAUCGAGCUGUGUUUCUCAUCCAACCAGAGGGGCCUUUAAUAUAAGCAGCACACAAAGGGGCUUUAAGAGAAAUCAGAGCUAUCUGUGUGGUUUGCAGGCGGCUCUCGUGGCAUGACGACCGCUAACAAGGGAAACAAAGCCUUGAAGGUGAAGCGGGAGCCGGGCGAGAAUGGCACGAGCCUCACGGAUGACGAACUGGUAUCGAUGUCUGUGCGAGAGCUCAACCAACACCUGCGUGGUCUCACAAAAGAGGAGAUCGUGCAGCUGAAGCAGCGACGCCGUACGCUCAAGAACCGAGGCUACGCCGCCAGUUGCCGGGUCAAGCGUGUCACGCAGAAGGAGGAGCUGGAGCGACAGAAGGCCGAACUCCAGCAGGAGGUGGAGAAGCUUGCCUCGGAGAACGCCAGCAUGAAGGUGGAGCUCGACGCCCUGCGCUCCAAAUACGAGGCACUGCAAAGCUUUGCCAGGACUGUGGCCCGGGCGCCUGCCAUGCCCGUCAGCAACGUGAUGCACGGCUCUGCACGUGGGCCGCUGGCUUCUGUCAUAGGGCCACUUGUACCGGGGAAGGUGGGUGCCACCAGCGUCAUCACAAUAGUCAAGUCCAAAACGAACGCCAGGUCUUAGUACAGGCUGGAGAGGAAGAAGGGGGAAGAGAGACAGGACGCAAGUGGGUUGGUCAGUGCAUCACAGUUUAGGCACGGAACUUUUCUGGUGU